CAGCCUUUUCCUCCCUCCCGGACCGGAUCCCUUUCUUUCUUUCUUUCUUCCACCACCAACUCUUCUUCCUCCUCCCUCUCCCGGCCCCGGAGGCGGAGCAGGCAGCACCUACCCUCCCUCCCUUCCCGUAUCGUCGUCGUCAUCGUCGUCGGCGGCUCCAGCCACGCGCGCGUCGCCUGAAUCCAUCCACCAAGGUCGCAAAUCCAAGGGAAGCCGAGGCACCAUUCCAUAAUCUGCACAGGUCGUGCUGAUAAAGAAUUAUUAAUCCAUCAUCCCUCAACUUUGCUGCUGGGCCAAGAACAAAUGGCCCAGCUGCUGCAUCAUCAGGACUCCACGUUUUAUGGGAAGGAAAUGCAGGGGUGUCGAUGGAGCUUCCUUCAGUUCUUCGGCCUUCGCCGGCGUCCACGGUCUAUGAAGAUACUCUCUGACAAGAAACAUCGCCAGGAAAAAAACAUUGGCGGAAGUAGACUUCGAGGUUGCUAUGUUCCGUUGAAAGAUGAUGACAGUGGUGUCACAGAGGACCAUGAAAACACUCAGGUUAAAUAUAAACAAAAGGAUUCCAAAAAGAACUCUGGCAAGGCAGGUCUAAGGUCCUUUAUUUCAAGAAAAUUGUAUGGAAAGGAAGGUCAGAAACAAAAGAUGCUUCCUGUUGCACCAAGGCUGCUGCGCACCCUUUCGAUACAUUAUCUGGAAAGCAAUGUCUAUGUUUUUGAUGGCGAGUCUGCUGCCAAUAAUGGAAAUGGUCCUUCACAUGGUGCGAAAUCGUCACUACAAAAUGCAACUGGUACAAACUUGCAACACAACACCCUGGAUGGUACAGGUAGCGAUAUGAGUUUUUCGCAGCUCGUAAGUACAGGUGAGGAGCACAUGAAACGGAAGAGCCACCGUAGCAUUUCGAUGGAUGGGAUUCUUCAUAAGGUUCCGUAUGGGCAGAAGGUGUCUGGAGAAACAAUCAUAGAAGAGCUUCCCCGGUCAGCGUCUGCCACAUAUGAUAGGGAUUGUCUGAAACCUUACACGGGCAUCACCUCGAGGAGACAUGUAAAUCAAGGUUUUCGGCGUUCACGUUCGCUGUCUGAAUCACUGGAGAGCUACUCUCACUUGCUUGAUUCCAUCUCAAGCAGUGAGUCCAAAAGGGUGCUGACAAGCUCCAGGUCUACUAGGAAUCAUUCUUUGGAAUCAAAAGGUUUGGCUAGACUUGCUGAAUAUCUUGUGAUUCCAGAAGAUGCCUCGGCAUUGCACGCUUUGGAUAAAUUUGAUGUUGACGGAGAUGUGAAAUCCGCUGUGGAUGAGAGUUCUUGCAGUGAGGUUGCUGCUGGUGGUUCUGAGAACACUGAGGUACCUGAAGAGUUGUCGAGUGAAGAAAAGCGUGGUGUCGAGGCAUCGACUGAAGCUGAUUUAUGCAUUGCUCCUUUACCUUUAGAGGUGGUUGAUGUUUCAGAAGAACAUGCUGCUGCAACUUGUGAUGAUGAUCUGGUUAUGUCUUCAACCGAAGCCAAUAUGUGUACCGAUCCUUCAGCAUCAGGAGCUGACAUCCCAGAACAACAUGCAAUAUCUUGUGAUGAUGAAGAUGGUAUUCACUCUUCGACAGAGGCUGAUUCAUGUACUCUUCUAGGUCUUCUACAAUCAGAAGACAUCGACAUCGCAGAACAACACACAACAGUUUAUGAUGAUCAGAUCAAGUCCUGCACCACUCAGCCUUCAGAAGGCACCAACGUUGCAGAAGAACACCCAAUGAUUUCUAACGACAAUCACAUCCAGUCAUUUGAAGGUACAUGCUGUGUUCCUGACCCCAAUCAAGAUUCUCAAGAUGAGUUAAAUUUAGGAUGUGAACAAGAGACUGAAAGUCCAACCUCUGUUCUGGAUGUGGCCUUCUCAGACCAUACAAUGAUGGAUGAUUCAUCAUCGCUGGAAGAAGAUAUUGUCAAUUCAAGUGAAGCUGACAAUUCAGUUGGCAAUGACGAUCUGAAUGUACAAGAGGACAAUUUCAGCGAUCUGAAUGAUCUCCAACUGCAAGUAACAGAUCCUAAGGAUGAAGCGGUGCUGAAUUAUGUCAAGGACAUAUUCAGCAGGUCCAGCUUCGCCACCGAACCGCUCUUUGACGCAUGGCACUCGCAUAACAUGGCAGCUCUCCAGAAAGAUGACUGCCAGCACAGCGAUCUCAGCUUCUCCGCCACCGCUGCGUCGAACCUCGCCAUGGCCGACAUGUCCGCUGAUGAGUUCCUCCUGUUCGACCUGACCAACGAGGCGCUGCUCGACAUGUACAGGAAGUACGAUGCCGCUAAUCGCGGGUCGAACUGCGCUCGACCGAAGCCCGUGGGGGAACGUGCCAUGAAGGAGUUGUGGGGUAAGGUGAGCUACCAGCUUGAUGAGGAGCUCGAUGUGGACGUUGAUGGCAUUCUGUCGAGCGACCUGGUGAGGGCGGACCGCUGGGUGGAGUUUCGGCGGGAUGGUGAUGAGGUAGGGGACAAGGUGGCAGACUUUGUCCUUGACAGGCUGAUCACUGAGCUCGCUCUCCAGCUCGCAAAGUUUUGAUCAGUCUAGCUUGCUAGGUAGUUAUUCAUUCGUUUUGCCCAUUUUCUUUAUUUAGCUAGCUCGGAACAAUGGGAAGUGCUAGAGAAUAUUAAAUUUCUCAUCUGUACAUUAGAUAUGUUUUUUCGUUCUUUGAAGACAGAAGACAGAGCAGAGAACAGUCAGGGUUAGCGGUAGGGAUUUUGAGGUGUUGGUUUAGACCGGUUGCUGUGAAGUUCCGCAUGUUGGAUAAGCAUGAGUGGUCAAGUUAAAGAUGCAAUGUUGGACCACACUGUUUGGUUGAAUGAAUCUUGAGGCAAGAAUUAUGUUGGAAUAGAAA